UUCCCUAAUGUGCGAGUAAAUCCUAUGAUCGCGUCCGAUUGGUUGUUUCAUGUGUGAAGUUGGGUCCACGAAUCGUGCGAUCUAGUAGUAGUGUAUCGCGUACGGCUUAUGUUUUCGUAUCACAAAUCUCGUCGAGUUGGGUGUGUAGUAAACGCGAUCGAAUUUUUGCGAUAGAAUUUCUUGAUUGAAACGCUUGUUAGAAUGGACAAAUCUAGAACGGAUUUUACAGAGGAAGCAAAGGAAGCUGAAACUGGGGUGACGAAGCAAGUUAUCCGUAGAGGUGUCUGGAGAUAUUUGGAAGAGAACCGGCUUUCUCUGUUCCCACGUCCAGUCUUUAAUAGGAUCCCGAACUUCAAGGGAGCCUUUGAUGCUGCGCAGAGAUUAAGUGAACUAGAUGUUUUCAAACAAGCAAAGACCGUAUUAGUAAACCCCGAUAAGCCACUGGAGUGUGUUAGAAUACUGGCUUUAGAGCAAGGAAAGCAGUUAGUAGUCCCUGUCCCUCGACUACAAUCUGGAUUACUAACCAAAAUUGAUAUGCCUGAAAAUAACUCUAAGUACCAUGUCCGCCGUGCAAUUACUCGUAGAGGAUUAAAUGAAGCCCCACCUGUUGAUUUAAACUCCGAUAUCAACAUUGACUUACUGAUUAUUGGGUCAGUAGCAGUGUCUCGCAAUGGCUUGCGAAUUGGUAAAGGUCGCGGAUAUACUGAUCUUGAAUUUGCCAUUGUGCAACAUGUCAAAGCCCUAAACCAGAAUACUCUUAUUGUCACAUUGGUGCAUGACUGCCAGGUGAAGGACGAUAUGCCCAGCACCUUAUUUGGUGCUCAUGAUGUGCCUGUUGACAUUAUCAUAACGCCUACGGAGACUAUCAUGGUCUCAGGACGACCUCCACGGCCAACUCACAUAAUGUGGAAUUUGAUCUCCGAAAGGCGUUUAAAUACCGUAAAUGCCUUGAAAAAAAUCAAAGAAGAGGAAGAGGCCGCUGGAAAAAAGAUCGUGUUAAAAGAGGUAGAUACUGAUAAUGAAAGCGUGGAGAAAGUGAGAGUCCCUAAUAAAUUUCAACAGAGAAGGAGGCCCCGUAAGUCUGCGAAGAAUAGUGAAUCCGAGCCAAAUGAGGGCGAUGGUGAUGCAUCUGAGCAUAGGCGUAAUGGCCGAAGAUUGAGACGACGACGUGUCUCCGAGAAGGAGGAGAACGACGUAUCUAACGAGAAUGGACAAUCCAGACGCAAUAAUUUGCGAAAGAGGCGCACACGUAGAACAAAACCGCAGAUCGAAUUUAGCGUGAAGGUAGGCAAUAUCGCGAAAACGGAUAGAGUGCGUGACAUUAAGUCUGCUUUGGCAGAAAGGGGUGUGAAGCCCUUUGAUAUCACCUGGAGAGGAGUGAAAGGUUUUUGCUACUUGCAUUUCGCGAUGAAGCCUGCAGGUGUCAACUCCCUUGGUGUAGAUUCAAUUAUUGAAUCCCUUUCUGGUAUGAAAGUUGGGGGUAGUGAAGAAGGAACUACCUUAUGCGAACCCCAUAUUUUGACUGUGGAGCCUGCUAGACCAAUCACUAGGAUUGAAACGACAGAUGUGACUGCCGUGUAAUUUAUUUAACAUUAGAACAACGUCAAAAUUCUUGUGUUCAGAACCCGACAGCAAAUUUUAGAAUCCUGUUAUUUUAAUACUGAAAUGUAAUCUAUCUUUCUAGUAUUUGCAAUACUAAUUAUUCUACGAAUUACAAGCAAUUAUUUUGCUUAAUAAAAAUU